AUGCUGGCGUCGGUUCGACGCGCCGCGGCGAGCUCGUCGGACGACGAUAGCGAUGACGAUGAUGCGGCUCGGCGGAUUGCCGAGGCUGUUGGGGGUGUGGAGACUUGGUUGCCUGAGGUGAAGGUGGACAAGACGGACAAGAAGGUGGUGGAUGCCAACGCAUCCAAGCCCGGCACUCCGUUGUCAUCAGGUUUGAUGCCCGCACCACGUGCAUCCAGCGGGGCGACGCAUACGAGCAAGCCUCGGAAAAGCCGGGCGCGGUUGGCCUGGAGCUCAUUUCUCGUGGGGUAUUUUGUGGUCGUUUGUGACUUGAACAGGCCCGACCAGGAGCUACAAGCGGAAGAGGAACAUGUGCGCGCCAACAAGGAAUUUCGUCGUCACGCCACCACACGUCUGCACAAUCUUUUGGAUCGCGUGGUUGAUGCCUCAACUCACACAUGGAGUAGUUCCACACUUGACACCGAGCCUGUGGCAGCGCCGAGCGCUCCCGGAAGAAUUGGCGGCUCAGGCCGCCAUUCGCAGGUACUGAUGUCCAUCAUUGUAUUGAUGCUGCUGCUGAUUGUGAAUGAGAAUAGGCAUCUGGCAAAGCGACCACCUGUCGAGUUGCGACAGUCACCUCGACAACGACUCUUGGCGCAUGUCGCGCCAGCAUCGGGUGCGCGGACGCAAGACUUGAUUACCGAGGCGGCCCGGGCACCCGCGGUCUUAGCGGCGGCGCCGAGCAUCAGCGCUGGGAUUGACGACCUUUAUCGACAGGUCAACGUCAACGUCGUCGUCGACGAUGAAGAUGAUGAAACGGACGACACCUCAUCCUGA